AUGCUCCUCUCCAGGGCUCUCCGGGGCCGGGUCCCCGUGCCUCAGUUCAGUAGGGACCGCUUCUUCCGGCGGCCCAACAUGCUGGAGGCCGACAGAGCUCGUCUUUACUAUUUUAAUCUCUUUAGCAUUGCAGCAACUGCAGUGCCCAUUUGGUACAUGAUGACUGUGAACUACCGCUUCUGCGAAGAGUCGGUGAUGCUGUCGGACUCGCUGGGGAGUUCUGGAGUUACGCCGACGGACUUGGGUCUCUUUUACCCCCACAAGUUGCAGAAAUAA